GGGGGAGCGGCCCGGGGCCCGGGAGGGGGAGGCGGGACGGCGGACCCCCAGCGCUGCGGACUGAUCAGGACACCCGCCGACAUCAGCGAAGUGUUCGCCUUCCACCUGGACCGCAUCCUGGGGCUGAACCGCACUCUGCCCACAGUGGCCAGAACCAUCGCCUUCAUCAGAGGUGGCCUCCCCCGUCCUGUCGUUCUCUGGGAUGCCUCCUUGCCGAUGACUGAUAAUGUCACCCAUUCUACGGUUAGGUUGAAUUGGAAGUCUUACCAGGAAUCACUGAAACAGAAGUGCUGGGUCCAUGGUAAAGUUCCCAAAUCAGAUUGGAGUUGUUCAGAGAUUCAUCACCAUGAAUGGUGCAAGCUCGCACUCUUUGACUUCCUCCUGCAGAUCUAUAAUCGCCUGGACAGAAACUGCUGUGGGUUCCGACCCCGCAAGGAAGAUUUUUGCGUGCAAACUGGCUUGAAAUUGAAAUGUGACAAUCAGGAUAGCAUUGACUUGGCUCAUAUUAUUCAAAGAGCACAAGAUCGAAGGCACUUAGUCUUCAUAGACAAUAAAGCCUACUUUGACAGAAGUGAAGACAAUCUUAAUUUUAAAGUAUUAGAAGGAAUAACUGAAUUCCCAGAAUCUGCAAUAUCGGUCCUGAAGAAUGGACAUCUCCGCGAGAGACUUCUUCAGUCUUUGUUUCUUGACGAGCUGUUUUGGGAAAGUCAGGGAGGCCGGAAAGGAAUCGAAAAGCUGAUUGACGUGAUCGAAAGAAGAGCAACAAUUUUUCUUACCUAUAUAAACGCACGUGGAUUCAAGGUGCUACGUAUGAACGAAUGACUGUUUGCACUAUUGAUCAAUAUCCUUCUAAAGGACCAGUGGUUGACAAAAUAAGCAAAAUUGCUCAGAUGCAAGAUUAAACCACAUGACUGAUAGUUUUUAAAAAAAUAUUAUCUUUAUUACAUAGGGAGGUGGAAUUAUUCUCUGCUGUCAGCAAUUUUUUUUACUGAUUCCAACUACACACAAUCUCCUGAUGUGAGAAGAAUUCCUCCCAAAACUUAUACAAUCAUAUUUAUUUUCAUCAAAGCAUAUUUGCUCUUAAUGUAGAUGACUUGGGACAAGUAAAGAACAAUAAGAAAUGUAGGUUUAUACAAUGCCUUUUACGUUGGGAGGAUGUCUCAAAAUGCUGGACAGUCCAGUGUUUGCACCCGAGCUGGUUUUUGGAGCUCAAGCUGUAGGUGGGGGCUGAGGAGGCUGGUGGUGGGGGUAGGGGGGAAGGUGGCCAACAAUGACAUUGAUGAUCAGAUGAUAUUUUUAUUUCCUAGUAAUUAAGUCGUUCUGCUGGCUUGGUCAGUCUUAACAUGUCUCAGGUAAAAGAUAAUAGAUCAACAAGUAUAGCAGUAUAGUGUUAUGCUAUUCUCCCAAAUACCAUCAUGAUACCUCACCUUUGUUCUGAUGUGAGUUUACUAGUUCUUGACUGUGUGAUAGCAGAGAAAUACCACAUUGCAAAGUGGCAGGUGGUCAUGUCAGGGUCGUUUCCCAGUCACUCUUCCUGCCUUACUUCCCAACAGUGAACUAGAGCAGGAGCAACAAUAAAAAUAGUAACAGUACAACAUCGUGCAACUUCAUCUGACAAUUACCUCCCUCCAAGCAAAAAGAGGAAGCAGAGGGUUAUAAAACAACAUGGGGGAGGAGAAGGAAACUUGUAAACUGUGAUCUAAUAUGUUCCAAUAACAGUGCGUGGGCAUGAUGAAAGCUACAAACUGUAUCCAAGGAUUUAUAUUCUGGAUUCUCAGGGCACAACGGUUUUAUCAUUUUGUGCUUUCAUAUCUGGCCCUCCAGCAGCAGACAAACUUUCAGCUAUUCUAACCCUGUUCUCUGGAACUCUAUUCUGGAGACCCUCCAACUCACUCCUCCCUCCCCUGUUUUAAGACGCAUCUCGAAACGUAUUCCUUUGACUGCAGUUUCGGUUGGUCUUUCCCCUCAUGACCUUCAGCUCCCCCCUGAAAUGGGUGCCCAUCCAGCAAUGUGAAUGCACUUUGGGAUGUCCUCCUGACGUGAAAGACGCUAUAUAAAUGUAAAUUGUAUUGUCUUCUAUACCUGUUAAUAUACACCACUGUGCACUUCCACUAAUAGCAAAUACAUAAAUCAUUGUGCAGCAUUUCCCUCAUCAAGUUUUGCGUCAGUCUGCUCCAAGUCAAAAGAAUUUUUCAACAUGAUAAAUAUGAAAGCCGAUUUCCCGCACAUUGUUUUCCUUCCCAACUCGCUUGAAAAUCAGGAAAAAGCUGUUAUCUUAACUGAAGUCACCACUUGAGUGAAACUUGCUGGGAGUGGACUGAGCGGAAGGCUAUGUCAAAGCCACUCACUCCCUGUUGCAGAAAUGUAGAAUGUGUGAACCGCAUUCUUUCAGAGAAAAGCUCAUAGUGUCUGGCUGUCGAUGUGCAACAUAAUUAUGUAAUGAUCAAAAGUUACACUUGAAGCAAGUUCAGUGUUUUUCAACCUGGUUUUCUGAUCCACAUUCUAUUUUCCCUGGCUAAAAACAUAGUAGUAAUAUGAUUAAUAUGAGGUAGAGUGAGGGCGAGGAUCAAUAUUACACCUGUUGUUAAUAUUAAGAACAAGUUAUAAGAUCACAUUUUAACCAGAUUUUCUGCCCUCCUGGUGAUGAUUAUCACAGCAUAUAUCACAGCCCCUCUCCUAGAAAUUACAAUGUGAUUCAAUGAACCAAUGUUCAUGCUUUCUCUUCCGCUAGAGUUGUCUACUCUAAGCCCCUUUCUCUGUGCUUUCGCUGUGCUGUUUUACAUUUGUACUCUUCAAAUGUUUUAGUUAUGUGCCGUUCUUGCAUCAUGCAAUAAACUCAAGGCUGAUUGCACUUCC